AUGCAGCUAAUGCUCCCUUUCGUCACAAACGGUCUUGCGGUACAGAUUACCCCACGUCCGGAUAAACACUAUGCUAUCAUGGGCAGUGAUUGGUUUACGGCUAAAUUCAUGCCGUGGGUGAUAGCUCUAUUUAGCGAUGUGAAGUUCUGGGGUUGGUCGCUGGGAGAUCUGGCAGCUCCAAACGGCGCUUCACACGGUCGCGACUUUCCAAGACUCAAAUAUAUGCACCAUUCCAGUUUACCCGGGCGCAACAUGGCCGCUGAUCAACACGCGCACAACCGUUUCCAGGCACAGGACAUGAUACACGCCGAGCUGCCCUGGGAGGGGGUAUUAGUGCCAGAGAAUAAAACUUUGGAACCCGCGGGCAAUGACCCGACUUCGGGCAGCUUUGAAGCAAGGCUUCCCGACAGGCCGACCGAAGAACUCGCCUGCGGCAGCGAACGAAAUGGUGCAGAUGGCCCACAAGUAUCCCGUGCAGGUAUCCAUCUACCCCGCUGGGGCAUUGACUGA